CACAACUAUUGAAGACUAAGCUGGGGGGAUUUACUUGCUGGCGUGAAUAGCGUUUACCUGUAACUUGACCGUCUGUGCCGAUGUUUGUAUCACGGGAUCUCAGUUUGUGUGUAAAUGGAGUGCGUCUAGGACUGGUCUAGAUCAUCUGGAGCAAAGUGACAGUCACACCGAGGGUCCAUUAAUUCAACUGAUUUCUUAUCAGUUCGGCAUUAAGGUUACUGUUGAACCUUAACUUAAAUGUACCCAUUUACACUCAACAUGCAGUGGUUACUGUCGCCUGUACACCGUGUGUCUCAACCGGUCGACUAGUCGGAAUGACAGGGGAACCGGCUCUGUUGAAAUCCGAAUCAGUGUAAAACUUCCCAGAAUAUGUCUGCAGGUUGUAUGAGGUGGGUGCUAAGCCAUGCAGUGAGAGCUGUGUGUGGAGUCAGUCCGGGCUACAGGAUGCCAGCAUCAAGGUUUCUCAACUGCACUGAAAGAUCAAGUAUCAUUGCUGCCUCCUGGAGCCGGUCUCCAUUCUCCACAGCAGAAGUGGACACAGAGCAGACGCCUGCACCAAAGAAAAGAAAGCAGGACUCCAGAGCUGAUGCCACAAUCAGCAACGUUGGCCACUCGAUCCCGCACCAACACAUACAGUUGAUAAGUGAGACAGGCGAGGACCUAGGCACCAUCCACCGAGUACGUGUGAUCAGAAUGAUGGAUGAGCAGGGUCUGAAACUGGUGCUGCUGAAUGCACACAAAGACCCUCCGGUCUACCAGCUGAUGACUGGCAAACAGAUCUACCAAGAGCAACUGAAAUUGCGGGAGAAACAGAAGGCAAAACCAGCUACUGUGCAGGUGAAAGAACUCACCUUUUCACCUGGCAUCUCACCACAUGACCUCACCACCAAGCUGAAACAAGUGGAGAGUUGGCUGGAGAAGAAGCACCAUGUCAGGAUUACUCUGCGAUCGGGACGCAACGACCCCGCAGUCAACCUGGACACAACUUUGCAGCAGAUGGUGCAACAAAUGGAGGUAACGGUGGGAUUUGUUUCCCCGCCAAAAGUCAUACGUGACGGUCGAGCAGCCAUGUGCAUCGUCCGUCAGCCUUCAGCAAAGGAAAUCUCACAAAAAGGAAAGAAAAACACAGCGGCCACGCGGCCCGCCGCUUCCCGUUCGAAGAGCACUGGGAGCAGCACGCCGCCUGUUGGCACCACGGACACGGCAGAAGAGUCUAAACAGCAGCGAUCUGAUGGAAAUUAAAAAAAAUUCAAAAAAACAA